UUCACAUAACUCUCCCAAAAAAUGACAAUUUUCUCAAACACAACUAGAAUUCCACCACUAGUUUUCUUGACCUUCCAUCUUCUUCUUCUUCUUCUUAAUCAUCUUCUCCAAGUUGAAGCCAAGUGCAAAGCGGGUUGUCAUCUUGCUUUAGCUUCAUACUACGUAUGGGAAGGCUCAAACCUGACGUAUAUCAGCACUAUUUUUGGGAAACAAAUCUCCGAAAUUCUUCAGUACAAUCCUCAGGUUCCAAACCAAGAUAGCAUUCUUUCUGGUACGAGAAUCAACGUGCCCUUUUCAUGCGAUUGCUUAAACGGUGACUUCUUGGGCCACACUUUCACUUACCAAACUGUGUUUGGUGAUACUUAUGAUAGAGUUGUCAGUUUUUCUUUUGCCAAUCUCACCACUGAGGAUUGGAUGCAAAGGGUCAACACUUUUGAGCCAACUAGAAUUCCAGCCGGUGCUCUCAUCAAUGUCACCGUUAAUUGCUCUUGUGGUGAUAGAAGCGUAUCCAAAGAUUACGGGUUGUUCACAACGUACCCUCUUCAUCCCGGUGAGAAUCUGUCCUCCAUUGCAGCAGCAGAGCCUGGUGUACCGAUUAAGUUGCUUCAAAGGUACAACCCCGGAGUAGAUUUCAAUGCUGAGACAGGACUUGUUUUCCUGCCGGCCAGAGAUCAGAAUGGAGUCUAUCCGCCACUAAAGAUAAGCUCGGGAGGAAUAUCGAGCGGAGUUAUUGCCGGGAUAUCUGUUGGAGGAGUUGCCGGGGCUCUGGUUCUGGCACUUUGUGUAUAUGCUGGAAUUUGUAAAAGAAAAAAGGUGGUCGAGCCAUCAUUUCUCCAAGGAGGACCAGAAGAGCAAUAUAUUCAACAUGGACCUGGUUCCGGGAAUCCUUUAGAGAAAACUUCAGAAUCAUGUGCUCUGGUUUCUUCUCCUGGGCUCACAGGUAUUACUGUGGACAAAUCAGUGGAGUUCUCAUAUGAAGAGCUUGCUAAGGCUACCAAUGACUUUAGCACGGCUAAUAAGAUUGGCCAAGGUGGCUUUGGAGCUGUUUAUUAUGCAGAACUAAGAGGCGAGAAAGCUGCAAUCAAGAAGAUGGAUAUGCAAGCAUCAAAUGAAUUUCUUGCUGAAUUGAAGGUCUUAACACAUGUUCAUCACUUGAACCUGGUGCGGUUAAUAGGAUACUGUGUUGAGAGUUCCUUGUUUUUGGUUUAUGAGUUCAUUGAGAACGGCAAUCUAAGUCAACAUUUACGUGGCCCAGGAAAAGACCCUCUGUCAUGGUCAACCAGGAUGCAAAUAGCCUUGGAUUCAGCUAGAGGACUUGAAUAUAUCCAUGAACACGCUGUCCCUGUCUACAUACAUCGCGAUAUCAAAUCAGCAAAUAUUUUAAUAGACAAAAACUUCCGGGCAAAGGUUGCUGAUUUCGGAUUAACUAAACUCACUGAAUUCGGAAGCAGUUCACUGCACACACGCCUUGUGGGCACAUUCGGAUACAUGCCUCCAGAGUAUGCGCAAUAUGGUGAGGUUUCCUCUAAGAUAGAUGUGUAUGCUUUUGGAGUUGUUCUCUAUGAACUUAUAUCGGCAAAGGAAGCUGUGGUGAAGACAGAUCAGUCUGUUUCUGAAUCCACAGGGCUUGUAGCUUUGUUCGAUGAUGCUCUGUGUCAGCCUGAUCCAAGAGAAGAUCUUGGGAAACUCGUUGAUCAUAGGCUUGGUGAUAACUACCCCAUUGACUCUGUCCAAAAGAUGGCUCAUCUUGCAAAAGCUUGCACACAAGAAAAUCCUCAACUAAGGCCAAGCAUGAGGGCGAUUGUGGUGGCACUUAUGACACUUUCAUCGACAACUGAGGAUUGGGAUGUUGGCUCAUUCUAUGAAAAUCAAGCUCUGGCCAAUUUGAUGUUGGGAAGGUAGCACUUUGGGCAGAACUGCCAGUCAGUUUUGGUCUUAACAAGUGCCACAACAAAGAUCAAAUCCUGAGUUUUAGCUCAGGAUUUGUCUUUGAAAUGUGAAUAGCUGUAACUAAUUACUCUAGGAUGAUUCUUCUUUGUGUGUUAGUUCAAUUCAAUUUGUCACAUCGUGUGAAGAUUUUGCA